AUGGCAAUGGCGGCCGCCGUAACAAGUGCCUCAUUCACCCUCGCAAAACUCCUUUCCUCCCCUAAAAUAAAGCAACCCCUCUCUCUCCUCGCUUCACACAAAAAGCCCAGUUCCCUAUUCUCCUCUUCCGCCGCUUUUACCCCAUUUCCCCCUGUCCUCCGCCACCCAAAACCCUUGAAAUUCUCCACCACCGGAACACCAAAAAUCUCCGCCACCAUUUCCUCCGGGGACAAGCUUCCCGACGCUACCCUCUCCUAUUUCGACUCUUCCGACGAGCUUAAAACAGUCUCUGUGUCUGAGCUGACUUCCAAUAAAAAAUCUAUUCUCUUUGCAGUUCCGGGGGCGUUUACUCCCACUUGUUCCCAGAAACAUCUCCCGGGAUUCGUUGAGAAGGCCGGAGAGUUAAAGGCCAAGGGGGUGGAUACAAUUGCGUGCAUUUCUGUUAAUGAUGCGUUUGUGAUGAAAGCCUGGAAGAAGGACCUGAAUAUUGGUGAUGAGGUGUUGUUGUUGAGUGAUGGGAAUGGGGAUUUUACCAAGGCUAUUGGUUGCGAGCUGGAUUUGAGUGAUAAGCCCGUAGGACUGGGAGUCAGAUCCAGGAGGUAUGCUAUGUAUGUGGAAGAUGGGGUUGUGAAAAUCUUGAAUUUGGAGGAGGGUGGCGCCUUCAAUGUUAGCAGUGCUGAAGAUAUGCUCAAGGCCCUUUGA